ACAUACAAACAUAUACCUUUACAUACAAACAUAUACCUUUACAUAUAUAACAUAUAUUCAUAUACUUUCUGUCUUUAUUCUUUACUAUUUCCUCACAUAUCCACAAAACACCACCCAGCCCAAUAACACAAUGGCGACCACCACAGACAACGACAUCCUGUACUCCCGCGACGAUCUUCUCAUCUGCGCAACAUGCGGCACCCAAUACGGCACCUCUAAUGCAGCUCUCCUAACAAGCUGUCGCAUCUGCGAUGAUCCCCGCCAAUACGUCCCCCCAACCGGUCAAUCCUUCACCACCCUCCGUUCCCUCCGCCUCAACCACACCAGCUUCCUCUCCCCACACCCCACCGCCGCCUCCCUCUCCAUAGUCCACUCCUCACCCCGCCUCGCCAUUGGCCAACGCGCCCUCCUUGUCCACACACCCGCCGGCAACAUCCUCUGGGACUGCAUCACCCUCCUCACGCCCUCCCUCGUCAGCUCCAUACGCGAUCUGGGCGGUCUGGUCGGGAUUGUGAUUUCCCACCCCCAUUUUUAUAGCACCCAUUUAUUGUGGGCUGCGGUAUUUAAAUGCCCAGUUUAUCUGGCUAGUGACGAUAAGGAAUGGCUUGUUGAAGAAGAGCCGAACCCGAAAGAGCCGGUGAGGAGGUUCAUUGACGGGGAGGGUGGGGAAUUGGAGAUUCCUGGCAAAGAUGGACGGGAAACGGGAGCAAAGGCUAUAAAAGUAGGCGGCCAUUUCCCCGGAUCCAUGGUCCUGCUGCACGACUCCCGACUCCUAGUGGGAGACACGAUUAUGCCUACCCCCUCCGGGGUUGGUGACUGGAGACCACACGAGAGACCGAAGGGGAUGAAUAGUUUUGCGUUUAUGUGGAGUUAUCCGAAUAUGAUUCCCCUCCCCCCACGCGCACUCGCAUCCAUGUGGCGCGUUCUCUCGCGGUACAGCUUCACCGCCGUGCACGCCGGCUUCCCAGGCCUCGAUAUCGAGGACGAUGAUGUGAAGAAGAGGGUGUGGGAGAGUAUGGGGAUACAGGUUGGGGCCGAGGGGGGGGAUGGUGGGGUGGCGUUUGCGGAAGCGUUUGGGUUGAUGGCGCCGCUGUAGAGGUGGAAUGGGAGGGUGGGGGAUGAAAGAAUAGCAUGAAAGACUCCCAAGGUCGAUUGGGUCUUGGAAGCUUUGAGGGGUUCUGAAAGAGGGAGGGCAGUUUUGAUAGAUUCGUACGUAGCGGUGGAUCAUCUGUUUGAAAAAGGAUGUCCGAGAACAAGGGAAUAUCUACGCGAGUGCUAACAGUAAUAUCUGGA